GUGAGUGGCGCCUUUGUCACGUGACGGAGUGGGCGUAUUUAAGCCCCUGGCGCGAGAUCCCCAGAAAAAAAAAAAAAAAGAAUAGGCAGUUCCAACAACGAGGUGCGGUUCAUCAACGGUCUUUUGAAAGAAAAUGAGUUUCAGUGGAAAGCUAAAACACAGCCACCAGAGGUCUAAUGAGAAUAUAAAGGUUUUUGUCUUCCAGAGCUUUUUCACACCGUCUCAAAAGGCAAUGGGACCCCCCAGGCAAUCCCUGCAGGUCCUCCAUCCCUCAGUGGUCAACAAAGACUUGGGAAGGUCAGCUCAGAUGGGAAAGGUCAUUCCUAAACGAAAACAGUGGAGCGCAGAACAAACUAGAGGUCCAAAGAGGGUGAAGGCAGAAGUCAAAUCCACACAAACAGAAGAAACUCAGUGUUUAACAGAUGGCAUGUCCAAUGAAGCAUAUGAACUUAUGGUCAAAGAAACACCUCCUUCAACCUAUUGGAAAGAGGUAGCUGAGGAGCGUCGGAAGGCCUUGUACAAUGUUCUACAGGAGAACGAGAAGUUACACAAAGACAUUGAGGCCAAGGAUGAACAGAUAACAAAGCUGAAGUGUGAAAAUGAAGAGCUGCAAGAGCUGGCACAACACGUACAGUACAUGGCUGAUAUGAUUGAGAGGCUGACUGGAAAGAGCCCAGACAAUCUGGAGGAACUGAGGGAUAUUGCCCUUGAUGUGGAGGAGGAUGAAGGUGACAGUGAAGUGGCAGAUCAGAGUGAGGAUGAAGAUUCUGAUUUCAGUCAUUGUGAUGCAGAGGAAGGAGAGACCUCAGACCAUGAACAAGCUGGGACCUCAGGAGAGCAAGAUUAACUGAAACAACUCUUGUAUGUUAUGGGACUUUGACCUGCUUGUAGAGGUCAGCAGAAUUUAGCUGACGUGUGCUUUGACAGCAACAAGUGGCCAUCCAUUUGACUAAACUUGCUUUUCAAAGUAACUUGUGUUAUGUACUUUAAACUUCAUUUUUGAAACAACUGCUAUUUUAUAUUAAGCAUUGAACAGACAGGCGCUGGUUUUAAUUAUUUUAGCUUUUGCUGUCCUUGUUCAAGUUUAGAGGUGGUCAAAACUUUUCAGACAUUUUGACAUGUCACAGUACAAAAAGCACAGGUGUAAAUACCAGAUUAAUGAUAGCUGAAUCCAUUUAGCUGCUGCUGUAGUUUCAGGGUCCUGUUAUUGCGCAUGCUCAUUCAUUGUCAUGGCUUAGAACAAAAACAUUGUUAAUGUUGAGUAAUGUCAUGGCACAAGGAGUACUGGGGAAAUUUGUUUAACAGUGGCAUCACCUGCUGAUGUAGCUCCAACCCGAACCCCUGUGAGCCUGACUUGCCUCCUGUCAUUUCACACAUGGGUGUGUGGGAGUAAUACCUAGCAUCCUCCUUGCACGUCACCAACCUGUACAGACUCAGCUUGGUGUCAGAUUAUUUUGACGGUAUAAUUAUCCCAUCAGCCCCUUCUUUGCCUUCUUGACAGCUGGCAAUCGAUCAAUAGGAUAACGAUUUGACUAACACCUGUUCUUCUUCUACUAUGAGAAGUCAAGGUGUGCUGUGAAAGACUCACUUAGGUGAUUUGGCUCCAAAUGAUGGUGCUACAGCAUGACCCUGAAGUGUUUUGGUUUACAAUGUGAAAUUGUGUAUUGACACUUGUGUAUGUAAAAAUAAACACUUUAAAUCAA